AUGACCACAGAAAAGAAAGAAAAUAAUUGGAAGGUAAUGCAGGAUGACCGAGUAAUAGCGGUACAGACACUACUAAAAAACUUCAAGAAGGAUAGCGUGGUCCGGAAGACGAACAUCUAUAACCAACAAAGAUUGCAGAAGUUGAAGGAUUUACGAGACCAGUUUGAAGUUACUCAUGAAGCAAUAGUAAGUAGUAGCAAAGAUCGAACAUCCGAAUAUUUUGUGAAAUGUGUAAGUGAGAAUUUCGACGAAGCUCAUUUAGAGGCUUUCUGCACUAUACAAGAGAGCUUCGAAAAGGUAUAUCCUCCACCACAAUCAGCACCAGUAAUUAUCCCGAUGCCAGAACCAGUAGCACACAUAAAACUACCUACUCUUCCUGUGCCCACCUUCUCUGGAAAAUGUACCGACUGGCCUGCGUUCCACGAUGCAUUUGAACGGUUAAUUCAUACUAACAAAGAGAUAAGUUUAAUUCAGAAGUUCCACUUUCUAAAAAAGGCGCUCCCAGACGACAAUGAUUUAGAUAUUCACAACAUGCAGCUGACAGAAGCUAAUUAUCCCAUUGCAUGGGAACUAGUGGUGACUCGAUACAAUAAUCCCCGAAUUUUAUUUAUGCAUGUUAUGAAAGAUUUAUUCAGCAUUCCUAGCCAAUUACUGGAACGAGCGGCUGAUAUAAAAUUACUCCUAAAUACAGCUAAGGUAUGCGUACACGAAUUUGCCAGACUGAAGAUUCCAAUCACCGGUAGUGAUCAUUGGUUAGCCUAUUACAUUUCAACGAAACUGUGCAAAGAAACACGAAAGGCAUGGGAACUCCAUCUUGGAAGCAACUCCGCCAUUCCCACCUUUGCCACAUUGGAAUCUUUCCUGAAUGAUAGAGCAGUAACGCUGGAUGUUCUUGAGAGUCGCGAUGCAUCUAUCGAUAUCACGCCUAACGCAAAUAUACAACCAUUUCGAAACUCCUUACAGUCCAAACGCCAACACAAAAAAUCACACCAUUCGGCUCUCAACACGUCGCUAUGUCCAUUAUGUCAAAAUAACCAUGUAAUUCGUCGAUGUCAUCAAUUUCUCAAUAAGGAUUGCUUCGAACGGAAGUCCAUCGCGUCUCGACUGAAGCUAUGUUUAAAUUGUUUAUGCAGAUCCCAUACAGUUUCACAGUGUCCUAGUACUAAAAACUGUCAACAAUGUGGGCAGCGUCAUCAUACACUCCUGCAUUUUCCGCCAUUAGAAAACUCUGCAAAACCAAACAGCAAUGUUGACAUCGCUUCACACAACUUGUCCAACAAGGUUGACAGACAACAGCAUAACGUCCCAUCGCCACAAACGUUUAAUGGUACACCGUUUUUGCAAAGCAACACAAUAUUGUCGCCCGAUUACCCUUUGACUACGGCCGACUACACCGAAGGUGAACAACAACGAGUCCUCUUGGCUACCGCUCUAGUGUCAGUAAAGAACGAACUUACUAAUCAAGCUGUCAUUCUUCGUGCUUUGGUCGACCAGGGUUCCGAAUGCACUCUCAUAUCAGAACACGCCACACAAGGUUUAGGACUUAAACGUUAUCCAACCCGCACUGAAAUAGUUGGUGUAGGGCAAAGCCCAACAGAAGGCUCCAAGUCUGUCGUUACGUUUGUUAUAAACUCACUAUUACAUUCGGAUUUCCAAUUAGUUAUUAAGCGCGCAUAUGUUUUAAAAUCGCUAACAAGUCUUAUUCCAGGUCACUCUAUUUGUAUACAGAAUUUGCCACAUUUAAACGGGUUACGUUUAGCUGAUCCAACUUACUUUAAACCAGGAAAAAUUGAUUUAAUUCUUGGUGCUGAUGUAUAUGCACAGUUGAUACUAGCAGGACUACGAAUUGGGGCGUCCAACCAACCAAUAGCGCAGCAAACUCAUUUAGGGUGGAUUAUUUCUGGAAAUAUUGGGUCAGCUUUGCCAAAGUUGCAAAUGAUACGGUGCCAUCAUACCUCACAUGAAUUGGACAAUUUAGUAAAAAAUUAUUUUGAGCAGGAUCAGGUAAUUCCCGAUCGUGAACUCUCUUCUGAAGAACAGUGGUGCGAAGAUUUCUUCAUUAAAACUCAUUCUCGAUUACAAAAUGGUUGCUAUAUGGUACGUUUACCACUGAAGUCACAUUUUGAUCCGACACAAAUUCUCGGUCGGUCUAGGCAGAUUGCAUUAAACCGUCUUUUAAAUUUGGAGCGUAAGCUCGCACGCAAUAGUGAUUUGCAAGAACAGUACCAUCAGGUGAUUAACGAAUAUUUCAGCUUGGGACACGCUACCCGUGCAGAUUCUACUGAACAACAACGGUGCAAAUUGAAUCAAAAUUACGUACCAAUAAAUAACUCUUAUGUACUGCCUCAUCAUGCAGUUUUGAAAGAAGAAAGCCUCACAACAAAAUUGAGAAUUGUUUUUGAUGCAUCAUGUAAAACAUCAAACGGCAAAUCAUUAAACAACAUUCUAUGCGUGGGUCCUAAACUACAGAACGAUUUGGCAGCAGUUUUGAUAAAUUGGAGACUACAUCAAUAUGUCUUUGUAGCAGACAUUGAAAAAAUGUAUAGAUGCAUCAGCAUGCAUCCAGAUGACGCACAAUUUCAGCGAAUUCUGUGGCGAAAUAAUGACGGCCUGAUUCAGGAGUAUUGUCUGAAUACCGUAACGUUUGGUACUGCCUCUGCGCCGUAUACUGCUAUCCGAGUAAUUCAGCAAAUCGCCGAAGACGAGAAGUCACGAUUUCCGUUAGCAGAAUCAGUGUUAAAAUCAAAUAUUUAUGUUGAUGAUAUACUUUAUAGCAACGAUUCAUUGGAUAUGGCAGUGAAAGUUCGUGAUGAGGUUAUCGCAGCAUUAAAAUCAGCUGGAAUGCAUCUGCGUAAGUUUUGUAGCAAUGAUCUACGCAUUCUUCAAGGCCUGCAUGAAAAUCAAUUAUCGAAUACGAAAGCAGUACAAUUAAAUCAAGACGUUACCAUUAAAACAUUAGGCAUGUGGUGGCAUAACAGCGGCGAUGAAUUCAAAUUCAAUUGGAAUAUCCUAGCCUGCAGUCAAUUCACUAAGCGAAAAGUAUUGUCUACCAUCGCACGACUAUUUGAUCCGUUAGGACUCCUCAACCCAAUAUUGGUAACAGGAAAAAUAAUUUUCAAGGCAGUGUGUUCUUAUCAACAUUUAACUGAUGAUCAAAAGUUAGUACCGUUGGACUGGGAUGAUCCAUUACCGUUCGAUCUUGAAAACCAAUGGCAAGGAUUUCUUAUGGAGUUACAAAACUUAAAAACCAUAACUAUACCAAGAUGGCUGGGGUAUCAUUCGUCACAAGUUGUUUCGCUCCAAAUACAUACAUUUUGUGAUGGCUCGUCGAAGGCUUUUGCAACUAGUAUAUAUUUUAGAAUACAAUUUUGCGACGGCAAAAUUCUUACACGCUUAGUGAUGUCUAAAAGUCGUAGCACUCCUAUGAAACCCUUAACUAUUCCAAGAGUUGAACUUUGCGGUGCGGUAUUGGGAACACAAUUAACUGCCUGGGUAAUAAAACAUACAUCUAUUCUUACCAAUAAUGUAUCCCAGUACUACUGGACAGAUGCACAAGUGGUUCUUCACUGGAUAAAGGGUGAUCCGCAUCGUUGGAAAACGGCUGUAAGUAAUAGAGUGGGACAAAUUCUUAGAGUGACUUCUGCAUCGCAAUGGUAUUAUGUGAACACGUUUGAGAAUCCAGCGGACUGCGCCACAAGGGGGCUCACCGUUCACCAGUUAAAUGACUUCGAUUUAUGGUGGAAUGGUCCAAAAUGGUUACAACUUCCAGAAGAAGCCUGGCCAACCUACGUUUUAAAUAACAACAUUCCAGCAGCAGAUCUUGAACUAAAAAGGUCACCCAUACGGGCCAACAUCAAUGUUGUUGUAGUUGAUGAUGCUUUUGCUAGUGGCAGUGUGCACAACAUGGCUAAAUAG